GGCGUGGGGUUCCCGGGCGCUGCCCGGCCUGGCAGCAGAAACGUGGAGCCACCGGCGGGAUCUGGUGGGAAAGCGGCGCAGGGGAGUCCCGAGGGAGCCGGGGUGGGGCCAGCUCCGGCCUCGCCCGGGGACGGGGCUCCCCCAUGCAAACUCUUCUCUGCCUUGUGCUUGUAGGGGCAUUGGCCGCGCAGUGACCCGAGAGGAGACACCCCCGCUAGCAGCUUCCAGCAGCGUGAAGUGGUGGCACGCCCUAUGCAGCCAGUCUUCCCCCCUACUAGUCCUCAGCCCAACUCUGCAUGGGAGCUCCUGAUUGUUGGAUGGGGAGAGGCUGGAAAGCGGCCAUGCGGCUGGAGCAGAAAGAGAGGCUGGUAGUAGAGGGAUCCCAACCGUGUUGAAGAUGAAGUCCUGGAUACUAUCACUGCUCUUGACCUGCAUUAGCUGCACAUGGCACACGCAAGCUGAAUUUUUCACCUCUAUUGGUCAGAUGACAGACCUGAUUUAUGCAGAGAAAGAUCUGGUGCAGUCUUUAAAGGAAUAUAUUCAAGCAGAAGAAUCUAAACUCUCUAAGAUUAAAAGCUGGGCUGAAAAAAUGGAUGCACUGACUAUGAAAUCAGCUUCCGACCCAGAAGGUUAUCUUGCACACCCAGUAAAUGCAUAUAAAUUGGUGAAGCGUUUAAACACUGAUUGGCUGGAAUUAGAGAAUCUAGUUCUUCAGGACUCAACAAGUGGUUUUAUCGCGAACCUCACAGUUCAACGCCAGUUCUUCCCAACUGAGGAAGAUGAGACAGGCGCUGCUAAGGCUCUGAUGCGUCUACAGGACACAUACAGACUGGACCCUGAGACCAUGUCUAAGGGAAAACUACCAGGGACAAAAUACAGAUCUUCUUUGACAGUGGACGACUGCUUUGGCAUGGGGAAGACUGCUUACAAUGAAGGAGAUUACUAUCAUACGGUGCUGUGGAUGCAGCAGGCAUUGAAGCAGCACGAUGAAGGGGAAGAUGCAACCAUCACCAAAGUGGAGAUCCUGGACUAUCUCAGCUAUGCUGUCUUCCAGCUCAGUGACUUACACAGGGCCGUGGAACUCACCAGGCGCCUGAUUUCUCUCGAUUCUGCUCACGAGAGGGCAGGCAACAACCUGCGAUAUUUUGAGAAGUUGCUGGAGAAAGAGAGAGUGGCAAAGCUACUGAAUAAGACGUCAGCUAUAACAGAAUCGGCAGUACAAGGUGGGGUUUAUGAGAGACCUGCUGACUACCUGCCAGAGCGUGAUACCUAUGAGGCUCUCUGCAGAGGCGAAGGUGUGAAAAUGACACCUCGGCGACAGAAGAGGCUGUUCUGCAGGUACCAUGAUGGAAACAGAAAUCCCCAUCUGCUCAUAGCUCCCUUUAAGGAAGAAGAUGAAUGGGACAGUCCCCAUAUCGUCCGAUACUAUGAUGUCCUGUCUGAUGAAGAAAUAGAGAAAAUUAAGGAGCUGGCUAAACCGAAAUUGGCACGAGCCACGGUACGUGACCCCAAAACAGGUGUCCUCACAGUGGCCAGCUACAGGGUGUCAAAAAGUUCAUGGUUGGAGGAACACGAUGACCCUGUUGUUGCCAGAGUGAAUCACCGAAUGCAGCAUAUCACGGGAUUAACAGUAAAAACAGCUGAACUAUUGCAGGUUGCUAAUUAUGGAAUGGGAGGACAGUAUGAGCCACAUUUUGAUUUCUCAAGGAAAGAUGAACCUGAUGCUUUCAAGCGUUUAGGGACUGGAAAUCGUGUGGCCACUUUUUUAAACUACAUGAGUGAUGUAGAAGCUGGAGGUGCUACAGUUUUCCCAGAUUUUGGGGCUGCAAUUUGGCCCCAAAAGGGGACAGCAGUGUUUUGGUACAAUCUUUUCAGAAGUGGCGAGGGUGAUUAUCGAACAAGGCAUGCAGCUUGCCCAGUAUUAGUAGGGUGCAAAUGGGUUUCAAACAAAUGGUUCCACGAAAGAGGGAAUGAGUUCUUAAGACCUUGUGGGUCAACGGAGGUUGACUGAAAUCCAACCAGCUACCAGCUCUUCUUUGUGUCCCUUUCCUUCUCUUUCAGUUCAUUUCUAAGAAAUGACCCAUCGUCUAUUAUGAAAGAGCUCUGGCACUUUUUAUAAAGAAUGUCACGUCUAUAAGUGAAAGAAGCAAAAGCCUGUAUUGACUUGGCAGUACUUGGUAACUAUUAUUUCCCCCCAUCCCUCUUCCAGUUUCACCUUCUCACCACCACACCCUCCCAAUUUCUCUCUUCCGUCAUAGCAGUGCAAACAGCACUUUUGGUGAUUCAGUGCAUUUGAGUGCCUGGUCCUGUGCCUUUCAUUCCUCAGAUGUUUUAGAUGUUAAAUAUUUCAUUGAACCAAAGUUUUGUGUACAUGUUAAAUUUAUUGUAUUUCUAUGGAUUGCAAGUUUUAACAAAUAAAUGCUGUUUCAAAAAAAAUAA